CAAUCAAUUAAAAUACUGCGUUCUGAUUGGUCUAAAGUAUGUGGCCUGGCGUUUUCUCAAGAUGCGCCUUGUUCUGUAGUUUCCCCAUGACCAUUGACGCGUACAUGCACCGCGUAAUAUGUAUGAUUCGCAAUGCGCGAUCGUGAUGUUGUUGUAUUUGAAUGCGAAAUAUAGGCAAACGGCUAAAUUGGCGAGGCUGCAAACAAAUCAAUCAUGGAUACCGUUUCAUCUGAUGCAUCUGCAACUGAACCAGAAACUGAAGGAAAGUUUGGAAUGUUAAAACGUAAAAGAAGGAAAAGAACUAUCAUUACCCCGGAACAAUUGAUUAAGCUUGAAGAGCUUUACAAACAGGAGCAAUGGCCGGGAAGGGAUAGGAAAGAAGAACUUGCACGGGAGAUCGAGAUGUCUUCUCACUUUGUUAAUAUUUGGUUUCAGAACAAACGUUCAAGGCUGAAAAAGCUUGCGCAAGAGGAGGAAGAAAUAAAGGCAAUGAAGAGCAGAGCAAAAGAGUCUUCCAAGUGCGAUAAGAAAAUACCUUUAGCACCCAAACGAGAAUUAAAAAAGGAUGAAGAAAACAAUGCAGCAGGAACAUCACGUCUACCACCAGUGAUCUCGGCUCCUAUCCAGAGUAUGAUGCCACCUGUUGGAGGUUUGCCAGUUUUCACCAUCACAACCAAGAAUGGUCCUGGUCCAGCUUCACCCGUUUUUACCAGUUUGCCUCAACUUGCUGUUCCUCUCAUUCCGCAAAAUACACUAUUUGCAACAGUUCCACAGUCUGCAUGUCUUCAAAAUCAUGACAAAGUUAUGACUCCUUCAGCAGUAACAUUGCCAACACUUGUCAGAGGAACAAUUUCAGGAACAGCUAGAUCCAAGUCAGUUAGACUUGCAGCAACACAAUUGACGUCUCCUGAUCCACCAAAGAGAUUCAGAUCUACCCCUGGGACAACAACAUUCUCAGUUCCCUCCUUAUUAGGAUCAUCAUACUCCUGCAAUGAUAAUGUAAGUUGAUUAGCAAGACAAUGGCUGAAACUAAUUUCAUUUAUUAAGGGCUGUUUUUGUUGACUUAAUAUAUAGGGCACACUUAUUCUGAAUAUCUGGAAAAAUGGAGGAUUUAUGGAAUAUCAAAGGGAUUGUUUGAUUUUAAUUCAAAUUUUAGAUGUGCAGAUAUAGCCACCCCCUUUAUCAGGGACAUUCAGGGCUUUCAAAUUUGUCAA